AUGGCAAGAACCACUAGGUCAGCUAACAAAUUAUCCAAAACUAAUUCAAGACAAUCUGUUAAAUCUUACAGGGAGAAAGAUGAGUCUGAUUUGGAAGUAGAAAGUGAUGCUGACGGUUUUUCCACAGAUGAUAACAUUUCGGAGGACAAUGACAUACAAAUUUGGUUGAAAGAUGAUCUAUCAAAGGAAAACGAUGUGAAACUUGAUUCGGAUGAUGAGGAUAGUUCGAAUAAAGACCAGGAACUAAAUGCUUUAUUGAAAAAUAAAUACUCGAAAAAUGAGAACGAUGAUGAUGAAAAUGAAGACAGUGAUGAAGAUGGUGCAGAUACAGCAACUGUUUCUUUGAAAUUAAAGAAAUUGAACGAAUUCGUUAAACAAAGUCAAGUUUAUUCAAGUAUCAUUGCUGAUACUUUGUUGGAGCGUACAAAACAAAGAUUGGAAGAAGAGCAGAAAGCAAGGGAAAGUAAUAAGGAGAAUAUUGAUGUAAAAGAGGUAGAACCACCAAAGAAAAAACAAAGGAAAAUUAGAAAUAUUGUUGACUUCUUCAAGAAAACUGACAAAAGUACAGAGGUCAAAAAUGAAAUAGAAGAAACACAUAAAACAGAAGCUGUAGUGGAUGAGGAACAAAUGCUAUCCAGUCAACCAAAUUUAUUGAAGAAUUGUAUAUUAAAACAAUACCAAUUGGAAGGUUUAAAUUGGUUAGUUACUUUAUAUGAAAACGGUCUAAAUGGAAUACUAGCUGAUGAUAUGGGUUUAGGUAAGACUAUUCAAACAAUUGCAUUACUUGCAUUCAUAUAUGAAAUGGAUACGAAGGGACCAUUUUUAAUUGCUGCUCCAUUAAGUACCAUUGAUAAUUGGGUAAGUGAAUUUGAUAGGUUUGCUCCCGAUAUUCCUGUGUUAAAAUAUUACCAUCAAAAUGGUAUUAAGGAACGUACAAGACUGUUAAAUAAUUUUUUCAAAGAAACGAAAGGCACAGGUGUAAUAUUGACUUCUUAUGAAAUUAUUAUAAGAGAUGCUGAUGAAAUUAUGUCAAGACAAUGGAAAUUCUUAGUGGUAGAUGAGGGUCAUCGUUUGAAAAACAUAAACUGUAGACUGAUCCAGGAGUUAAAGAGAAUCAAUACAUCGAAUAGAUUACUGUUAACAGGUACUCCAUUGCAAAAUAAUAUCUCAGAACUGUGGUCAUUAUUGAAUUUUAUCUUACCUGAUAUUUUUACAGAUUUUGAGAUCUUUAACAAAUGGUUUGAUUUUGAGAGUCUCCAUCUAGGAAGCAACUCUAAGAAAUUAAAUAAACUAAUUAAUGAUGAACUAGAGAAAAAUCUAAUAUCUAACUUACACACCAUUUUAAAACCAUUUCUUUUAAGAAGACUAAAGAAAAUUGUAUUAGCAGAUAUAUUACCUCCUAAGAGAGAAUACAUCAUUAAUUGUCCAUUAGCUCCAAUGCAAAAGAAAUUUUAUACAAAAGCAUUAUCUGGUCAGUUGAAGGUUACUAUCUUUAAGGAAUUAGUAAAACAAUUCUUCACAUUAAACACAGGCCAUAUUGGUACGGUCUCUAAUAAAUCAAUCAGAGAUUUUAUUAACUUUGAAUUACAUUACGGUAAAGAAAAUAAAGCUGAUCUUAAGGAUCAAUCAGAGACAAUUCAGAAUAUGCAUAAAUUGUAUCAAGAGCAUUUACAUAGAGAUUUCAAAAAUAAAAAAUUGAUGAAUAUGAUGAUGCAAUUGCGUCAAAUUGUGGACUCUACGUUUUUGUUUUAUUUCCCGUAUUUAGAACCAGAGGAGUUGACACUUGAUAUCUUACUUCAAAGUUCUGGAAAGUUACAAGUUUUACAGAAACUUGCUAUCCCAAUGAUAAAAAAAGGACAUAAAAUAUUAAUAUUUUCUCAAUUCGUCAAUAUGCUAGAUUUACUGGAGGACUGGUGUGACUUAAACUCCAUUAAAUCUCUGAGAAUCGAUGGUACUGUAGAUAAUGAUACUAGGAAAGAGCAGAUUAAAUUAUUUGAUAAUCCAAAGGAUAAACACCAGGUCUUCUUAUUAUCUACAAGAGCUGCUGGUUUAGGUAUCAAUUUGGUGGCAGCAGAUACUGUCUUUAUAUUCGACAGUGAUUGGAACCCACAAGUUGAUUUACAAGCAAUGGAUCGUUGUUAUAGAAUCGGUCAAACAAAACCUGUCAUUGUAUAUAGACUAUGCUGUGACAAUACGAUAGAACAUAUUAUAUUAACAAGGGCUGCAAAUAAGAGAAUGUUGGAACGAAUGGUCAUUCAAAUGGGUAACUUCAAUAAACUAAAGACAUUGGCUAUGAAUGAAAGAUCGUUUUUACAGACUGGACCAGCAUCUAAUAAAGUGAAAAACACUGAAUUAGUACAAGAGCUGUCAUUACUAUUAUCGAAACAAAACUCUAGCAUAGGAUUCAAGAGAGAUUCAGGAGACAAUCCUGAAUCAAUUUUAACACACACUGAAAUAAAAGCACUAACAGAUCGUUCCGAUGCAUCGUACAGGUCCGAAAGAGAAAUGAACUAUCCUCACAUUACUCUAUUUGAAACAACUUUAGGGUUAUCAUAA